AUGAUCAAAUUGACCUUAUAUGAAUAUGAGUUUUAUGGCAUUGAGCAAAGAGCUAUAAACCUUGAAGAGUUGGCUGAACAAGAUGAGAAGGCAAGAACAUAUUGUGUAGGUUUUAUAUGAACAUUGCACGGGUAGGACAUGGUAGAGAAAAGUAUCAUAAUGUAAGGUAAAGUAUUGUAUGAUAUAUACAUGUGUUAGGUGCCGUCAUAAAGAACCCGCCAAACUUUUCUUGUAAUUUCUUGUAACAAAUGGCGGGUUCUUUAUGUCGGCACCUAAUAUUAUUUGCAAAAAGGCGGGGUAGGGCAUGGUAAUUGGCCCAGAGAGUAUGUACAUAUAUAUAUUAGGUUGUUAGGUAAGUCGUGGGCCCCCUUUCAACACAAAUGUUUGAAAAAUCAGGAAAAAAUUAAUAUAUAUCGCAAAUUGAAAAUUUUGAUGUCCUUUUAUAGUUUAAAACCUAUAUUUUCAGAAUAUGUAAGUUUCAAACCUCUUUUAAUUUUUUGUUUGGUUGUUUUAGUGGCCAGAACAUUAUAGGGCAAAUGACGACUUUGGGUAGUGAUGUAAAAGAGUACAAAACAAGUCGUAACGUUAAAACUACGGCCGGAUUCAUAAAUAAGACACAUGGACAAAGUAUUGUGAGCUACCCAACAGCAAAAAUUUGGUUCCAAAAGCUUCCUUCUGGAGAUGAGACGCUUGAAGAAAAGUGGAGGUCCUGUAGAUUAGUUCUCUAUAAUUCCUUGAAACUUGGCCAAACCAUAACUGUUAGUACGUAUUCUAUUAAUAUUGACCAAAUGCGCCACUAUCUACCUUCAAAGUUGAGAAACAGAAGGUCAAUUAUUGUUCAUGACAGUGUCCGCCCCCACUUGGCAACGAUGACCGCAGAAAAACAACGGGUUUGGAUACAAAGUUUUUGACCAUCAUUUGUAUUUACUCGACAUGAUAGCUACAUAUUACCAUAUUUUCAAAUCUUCGACAGCAUUUAUGUGUCAGCGACAAUCCACUGAAGAUGACGAUUUCAUGGAAGCCAUCAAAAUUUUCUUAGGCUCUAGAAAUUCUGAAUCCUAUGCUACUGGGAUAAAAAUGCUUAAAAACGUUGGACACAUUGUGUUAAUGUUGAUGAUAACUAUAUUGAUUAAUAAUUCGUUCUUGUUGUAACGCAAAAAAUGUUUUUCUGAUACACGGUUAGGGGGGCCCACGACUUACCUAACAACCUAAUAUAUAUAUUAGAGCGCAUACACAUUAUUCACAAAAUUUUUUUUAGCACGACAAAUCUGUAUGUUACGAUUGCGUAACGUCUGUCAUCGAUGGCUUCCGUGCUAACAUUAAUCAAAAGUGGUAUGUGAAACUGCGUUGUGCUCCACAUUGUCCUGAUCAAAAGAUCAACCCGGACGUUGCUUCACAUAUUACACACAUGGAUGAUUAA